GGGGGCGGGGAUAAAAUCCGGGUCCUGAACACCAAGUUAGGUGCACACAAGGUGGAUCUGGGCUUUAAGGUGACAUCCGAAACCGGCUUAUCAGGUCGUGGACUCAUUACACGGGGACUGGAUAUAUACACAAGGGAGCCUGGGGGAAGGAAGUGUCCAUGGGAUUGAACCCAGGAACCGCUGCUGCUGGCCCCUGAACAGCAUCCCGAGGGGCUAGGCCUGCCUUCAAACCCUCUAACUCUCCAGCUGGGAACUGCAACAGCCCUCAGGGAUCCCAGGGAACAUGGCUGAGGCACAACAGGCCUCUAGCUUGCUGUCUGCACUGAGCUCUGAUGGGGCAGAAGUAGAGCUCACUUCCCCGGUGUGGCAGGAGAUUUACCUCUCAGGCCUGCGCUCCUGGAAAAGGCAUCUCUGGCGUGUCUGGAACGACUUUCUUACUGGUGUGCUCCCUGCAAGCCCCCUCAGUUGGCUCUUCCUCUUCAGUGCAAUCCAGCUUGCUUGGUUCCUCCAGCUGGAUCCUUCCCUAGGACUGAUGGAGAAGAUUAAAGAGUUGCUUCCAGACUGGGGUGGACAGCACUAUCAGCUCCAAGGGCUUCUGGCAGCAGCGCUGUUUGCCUCGUGUCUGUGGGGAGCCCUGAUCUUCACACUUCAUGUGGCUCUGAGGUUGCUUCUGUCUCACCAUGGCUGGCUCCUGGAACCUUAUGGCACCAUGUCCUCACCCACGAAGACCUGGCUGGCACUGGUCCGAAUCUUCUCCGGGAGGCACCCAAGGCUGUUUAGCUUCCAAAGGGCCCUCCCGCGGCAACCAGUGCCCACAGCGCAGGACUCCGUGCGCAAGUACCUGGAGUCGGUUCGCCCGGUGCUUGGAGACGACGCCUUUGACCGCGCUGCUGCUCUGGCAAGCGACUUCCUGAGGCUGCAGGCGCCACGACUGCAGCGCUAUCUGCGCCUCAAGUCCUGGUGUGCUUCCAACUACGUGAGUGACUGGUGGGAGGAGUUUGUGUACCUGCGCUCCCGAGGCUCGCUGUUGGUCAGCAGCAACUAUUACAUGAUGCAGGAUUUCCUGUAUGUCACGCCCACACCGCUGCAGGCUGCCCGGGCAGGCAAUGCUGCCCAUGCCCUGCUCCUGUACCGCCACCUUCUGAACCAGCAGGAGAUUCCACCGACACUGCUGAUGGGAAUGCGGCCCUUGUGUUCUGCCCAGUUCGAGAGGAUAUUCAACACCACACGGGUGCCAGGGCUGGAAAAAGACUACCUCCGUCAUGUCCAGGACAGCCGACAUGUGGCUGUCUUCCACCGGGGCCGAUUCUUCCGUGUCGGGACCCACUUUUCCAAUGACCUGCUGUCCCCACGGGCUCUAGAGCAACAGUUCCAGCAAAUCCUAGAUGACCCAUCCCCGGCUUGUCCCCUUGAGGAACAUCUAGCAGCUCUGACUGCUGCUCCCAGGAGUAUGUGGGCCCAGGCUCGAGAGUCAGUGAAGACUCAUGCUGCCACUGCCCUGGAGGCCGUGGAAGGGGCCGCCUUCUUCGUGUCCCUUGAUCCUGAGCCCGCGGGACUGACCAGGGAGGAUCCGGCAGCUUCCCUGGACGCCUACGCUCAUGCUUUGCUGGCCGGCCGGGGAGAUGACCGGUGGUUUGACAAAUCCUUCACCCUCAUCGUCUUCUCCAAUGGGAAGCUGGGUCUCAGCGUGGAACACUCCUGGGCUGACUGCCCUGUCUCAGGACAUAUGUGGGAGUUUACCCUGGCCACAGAUUGCUUCCAGUUGGGGUACGCAGCAGAUGGCCACUGUAAGGGGCAGCCUGACCCCACUCUGCCGCAGCCCCAGCGCCUGCAGUGGGACCUCCCAGAGCAGAUCCAGCCAUCCAUCUCUCUGGCCCUGAGGGGAGCUAAGAUCUUAUCCGGCAACAUCGACUGCCACGUCUUCCCCUUUCCCCACUUCGGCAAGAACUUCAUCAGAAGUUGUCAUGUCUCUUCGGACAGUUUCAUCCAACUGGUCCUGCAGCUGGCUCACUUCCGGGACAGGGGUCAGUUCUGCCUGACUUAUGAGUCGGCCAUGACCCGGCUGUUCCUGGAAGGCAGAACAGAGACAGUGAGGUGCUGUACCAAAGAGGCCUGCCACUUUGUGAGAGCGAUGGAGGACAAGGAGAAGACAGACCAGCAGCGCCUUGCCCUGUUCCGGGUUGCCGUGGACAAGCACCGGACUCUACUGAAGGCAGCAAUGAGUGGACAGGGGACCGACCGCCACCUCUUCGCACUCUACAUCGUGUCCCGGUUCCUCCAUAUGCCGUCGCCCUUCCUGACCCAGGUCCAGUCACAGCAGUGGCCGCUGUCCACCAGCCAGAUCCCUGUGCAGCAAGCGCACCUGUUUGAUGUCCACAAUUAUCCAGAUUAUGUCUCCUCUGGAGGUGGAUUUGGGCCUGUGAGUGGGGUGUGGUGCAGCCAGGGACGGAGGAAUGGGGAUUGGUGCCCUGUCGGUGUGGACGAGGGGCUGGGCUACUUGUUUGCUUCCCUUUCCCCACUCCAGGCCAGUGACCAUGGGUAUGGCAUCGCCUAUAUCUUCACGGGAGAAAACAUGAUCACCUUCCAUAUUUCCAGCAAGAAAUCGAGCACAGAAACAGACUCCCAGCGGCUGGGGCAGCACAUCGAGGAUGCACUGUUGGAUGUAGCCACCCUGUUCCAGGCCGGGCAGCAUCUCAAGUGCCGGUUCAGGGCACUUGAGGGGAACUCGGGAUACAGACGUGGCUUUCUCUCCAGUAAGACUGUGGACCCCAAAGUCCCCACAACAUCCACCAACUUUUGAGCUCCUCAGCAGGGAGCUGGUCUCCCUUAGGAAGGAGUGUGCUGUUCCCAGGGCUAGGCUGGCACAGACGGGGGUAUGGGGAUCCCCACAGCCACCUGGUAAUAAAGAUUCGUAAGUUGGGUGC